CGAAGGUCCGCCAACACCGAAGACGACGGCGAAACUCAGUUAAGGGAUCCGAGCCCUCAGGAAAAUCCUCGAUUUCCUCAGUAAGGAUAUCCACGCCGGGUUCAAACUCAAUCCGAACGUCAACCCUUUCACCCUCUCUGUCGAGACCUGAACGCCUUGAAAAGCGUGGAAUCAGCAUGCCCUCCAGCAAGAGGGUCGAGCAGGCCCUUGCGGCCCUAGAGAAAGACAAGUCUAAGGCGCUGGGCUUGGCGCUCCCGAAGCACGCAAGCAUCGAGCCGGGCCAAUUUGUGCCCCGAGCAGACGCGCGAUCCGCUCCUGAACUGUUCUUCCCGGCCGGCUCGGCCGAGAAGACGUACAUGGUCAUCUGCCUGGACCUGGACGCGCCCUUUGUCUCCUUUCCGGUUCUGGGACCCAUCAACCAUUGGUGCCAGUCGGGACUCCGGAUCUCAUCCGCGGGAGGCAACGGCAAGCUGGAAACGACUGAUCCGUUUGUCGUCAACUACAUUGGACCGGGUCCGCCGCCUGGCGCGGCCCCGCACCGCUAUGUGUUCCUGCUCUACGAGCAGCCGGCCAACUUUGACGUCAAGAAGCACGCGCCGGGUAAACAUGUGGGAGCGGGCGGGCGGAUGCGCUUCGAUCUGGAAAGCUGGGAGGCGAAAAUUGGGCUGGGCGAGGUGGUGGCCGCAAAUUACUUCAAGUCCAACUGAGGUGCACGAAGGAUGGGUACGAGCGGUGGAUCAGGUAUAUACCCGGGGUAAUCGUUGGCGUUUCUUUUGAGUAGUUGAUCACUUCAAUAUCCCCAGCUGCCAAGUUGUUCAAGCAGGAUUCCCUCCUUAACGAUGCACUGGGAAGUGCUUUGCGAGUUUUCCUCAGCAGCCAUCACUUACCUAUAGCCAAGCUAAAGCUCAAUGUCGCUGGAGAUGCUGCCGUCUCAGAUGAUGCACC